AUGGAAAACAAGGAGUAUAUAAUAAAAAAUGUGAUUCACGCAGGAACAAAAACAAUUAAUUUUGUGCCUGGAACUAAAGUAAUUUUUCAUUUUAAAACAACAAAAUGUGACCCAGAAAAGACAUUAAUAGAUGAUAGUAAAACAAUGGGAAAUCCAAUGGAGCUUGUUUUAGGAAAAAAGUUCAAACUCGAAGUAUGGGAAGUUAUUGUACAAAAAAUGGCAUUAAAUGAAGUGGCUUGUUUUAGAGUUAACAAAAGUCUAGUCACAGCAUAUCCCUUUGUAUCUAAAACUUUAAGAGAAGUUGGAAAGCCACAAUCAAAAAAACGUAGUCAUCAUUGUUGUGGUGUAACUUUGCAAAAUGAAGGAAUUGGCUAUGAUGAUUUAUAUGAACUCAUUAAGUAUCCUCAAGAUUUAGAAUUUACAAUUGAAGAAUUAUAUAAAAUGAAGCUUGUAUCCAAGAAUGUUGAUAAAGAUGGGAAAGGGAGCGUAUCCCUUGUCCCAGAAAAUACAGAAGAUAUGUGGCAUGCAUAUAAUCUUAUCACUGAAGGAGAUUUUGUUAGUUGUUCUACCAUUAGGAAGGUGCAAAUGGAAUCUGCAACUGGUAGUUCCAAUAAUUAUAGAGUCAGAACUAAUCUGACUAUAUGCGUAGAGGGUAUUGAUUUUGAUACACAUGCAUGUGUUUUAAGACUGAAAGGUAGAAAUGUAGAAGAGAAUAGAUAUGUUAAGAUGGGAGCAUAUCAUACACUGGAUGUAGAACAAAAUAGAAAAUUUAAAAUUACUAAAGCUGAGUGGGAUUCCAUUUCUAUGGAAAGAGUUGAUACCGCAUGUGAUCCUACACAGAAUGCAGAUGUUGCUGCUGUGGUAAUGCAAGAGGGCAUAGCACAUAUUUGCUUAAUAACUUCCAAUAUGACAAUAGUCCGUGCAAAAAUAGACCAAGUUAUUCCUAGGAAGAGGAAAGGAAAUGUCUCUCAGCAUGAAAAGGGUUUGACAAGAUUUUAUGAUAAUAUAAUGCAAGGAAUUCUGAGACACAUAAAUUUUGAUAUUGUAAAAUGUAUUAUUCUUGCAAGUCCUGGUUUUGUCAAAGAUCAGUUUAUGGAUUACAUGAUACAACAAGCCAUUAAAACAGAUAUUAAAUUAAUAUUAGAAAAUAAAAGCAAAUUUUUACUCGUGCAUUCUAGUUCUGGUUUCAAACAUUCAUUGAAAGAGAUUUUAGCUGAACCUGCAGUAAUUUCGCGAAUUUCGGAAACGAAAGCGUCAGGUGAAGUGAAAGCUUUAGAAACAUUUUAUACAACACUACAGACUGAUCCUUCCAGAGCAUUCUAUGGGAAAAAGCAUAUUGAAAAAGCUAAUGAAUCACAAGCUAUUGAAACAUUACUCAUUUCAGAUAAAUUAUUCAGAUGUCAAGAUGUUAGUGUAAGGAAAGAGUAUGUUGAAUUAGUUGAAAGUGUGAGAGAUUCUGGUGGAGAUGUAAAAAUAUUUUCGAGUUUGCAUGUUUCAGGCGAACAAUUAGAACAAGUUACUGGAAUAGCAGCUAUACUACGUUUUCCUAUGCCAGAAUUAGAAGAUGAAAGUGAUGGUGAAAGCGAUUCAGACGAAGAUGAUUAAAAAGGUUAAAGAGAUACGUCAUUGUAUAACUUUGUAUAUGUUUGUGCUGUGCGCAAUCAA